UGGCUACAUUAGAGCUUGAAUGCACCAUAUAUACCACCCCCUACACAACAAAGCGGCUCAGCUUCAUUCUGGUAAUAAGAUCCCCUUCCAAAGCUAUUAGCAGCUACCCAUCGAAACUAGUAGUUCACCAAAGCAUGGCUUCUGAACCAGGAAUUCUCACUGACUGGCCAUGGAAGCCUCUUGGAAGCUUUAAGUACAUAAUCCUGGCUCCUUGGAUCACAGAGAGUAUAUACUCGAUUAUAGUUGGGGAUGAAAAGGGGUGUGAUGUUUUCAACCUUAUGAUACUCCCACUCAUGUUAUGGAGAAUGUUGCAUAGCCAGCUUUGGAUUAGCCUUUCUCGUUAUCGAACUACCAAAGGCACCAACAGGAUUGUGGACAAGGGUAUCGAAUUUGACCAAGUUGACAGGGAAAGGAACUGGGAUGAUCAAAUAUUGUUCAAUGCAAUCAUUUUUUACUUGGGCAACAAAUACUUUCCAGGAGGUUCACACAUACCCAUAUGGAGAACGGAUGGUGUGAUUAUAACCCUGCUGCUCCAUGCCGGUCCAGUGGAGUUCCUUUACUACUGGUUUCAUAGAGCUUUGCACCAUCAUUAUCUUUACUCUCGCUACCAUUCUCAUCAUCAUUCCUCCAUUGUCACUGAGCCUAGUACUUCUGUGACACAUCCAUUUGCAGAACACAUAGUAUAUUUUGCACUGUUCAUAAUACCAGUGUCGACAGUUGUGUUUACUGGAACUGGAUCCAUCAUCGCCAUUGCUGGCUACAUCACUUACAUUGACUUGAUGAACAACAUGGGGCAUUGCAACUUUGAGCUCAUCCCCAACUGGGUCUUCUCCAUUUUCCCUCCUCUCAAGUACAUAAUGUAUACUCCAUCGUUUCACUCUUUGCACCACACACAGUUCAGGACCAACUAUUCAUUGUUUAUGCCAAUCUAUGAUUACAUCUAUGGCACAAUGGACAAAUCUUCGGAUACCUUGUAUAAAAUUUCACUCCAAAGAAAAGAGGAAACGCCCAACGUGGUGCAUCUAAUGCACCUAACCACACCUGAGUCAAUCUAUCAUCUCCGCGUUGGAUUUCCCUACUUGGCUUCUAAACCAUACUCAUCAGCUUGGUACUUGUGGUUGCUCUGGCCUGUUACAUUGUCGUUCAUGAUGCUUACCAAGAUUUAUCGUCGCAGUUUUGUUGUUGAAAGGAACCAAUUCCAUCAACUUAGAUUACAGACAUGGGCCAUACCCAAUUUCAGAGAACAGUACCACUUGAAAUGGCAAAAGGAAUCCAUCAAUAACAUGAUUGAGGAAGCCGUAUUAGAAGCUGAGGAAAAAGGUGCUAGUGUGUUGAGUCUAGGCCUCAUGAAUCAGGGUAAAGAGCUAAACAGAUAUGGUGAGGUGUAUGUGAAGAAACAUCCCCAGCUUAAAGUGAAAUUAGUGGAUGGGAGCAGCUUGGCAGUUGCAGUUCUUCUAAAUAGCAUACCAAAAGGAACAACCCAAGUACUUCUUAGAGGCAACUUAACUAAAGUUGCUUUUGCAGUCGCCUUUUCCCUAUGCCAAAAGGGUAUUCAGGUCACUGUAUUGCAUGAGGAUGAAUAUGAGAAGCUUGAUAUAUCACUAGGCACCAAGUCUGAGGGUAAAUUGGUUAUCUCAAAGAGUUAUAGCUCUUGCAAGUUAUGGUUAGUGGGAGAUGACUUGACCGAAGAAGAGCAAAGAAAGGCAAAUAAAGGAACACUAUUUAUUCCCUUUUCGCAAUUUCCACUGAAAAAUUUGCGCAAAGACUGCUUCUAUCACACAACACCAGCAAUGCAGACUCCGAAGGCCCUUGAGAAUGUGGAUUCUUGCGAGCAGAAUUGGUUGCCAAGAAGAGUGAUGAGCGUAUGGCGCAUAGCCGGGAUAUUGCAUGCUCUGGAAGGAUGGGAGGAGCAUGAAUGUGGUUACACCAUCUCUAACAUUGACAAAGUUUGGGAAGCAUGCCUCAAGCACGGAUUUCAGCCUCUGACGGUCUCAACUCAAUCAAAAACCUAGAACACAUUUGGCAAUUUAUCUAUCUACUUGGUGCUAUAUUUUCUAUGUAUAAGCAAUUUACCUAUAUACUAUUUAUCCUUAUCUUGGACUCAUCAUGCGAGUCUCUAGCGAGUUAUAGGUUCCUCUACAAUGCCUCCAUAGUUUGUAUUAAAAGAUCUCAGAGUUAAAACUCUUUAUGUAUAUCAUCUAUGAAUUUCAAAUUAACUACUAAAUGAAACACCUAAAUAUCUUUUAAAUAUUUAAAAUUAAUAAAA